AAUCCAAUUUACCUGUUUUACGAAGAAGUGUCGAAGAAUGCUCACGGCAGCAAGGGCAAUGUGGGUGACAAGCACUACAAGUGUUACCAUGGUCAGCGAAAAACUUUGACUAUCACGAAGGCAAUGCGAAGUAGCCUCAAUGGUCUUAUUGGACAUAUAAAAACACACUUUCCUGCUAUGUAUCAUCUAUAUCUAUGUCUCAAGGAUCGUGUCGAGUCACCUACUGAAGACGAGGUCGCAAUCACAUCUGGCAAAAAGUCUCUUGACCCCACGCAGGCAGCUGAAUAUCUCCUCGAGCUUGAAAAGUCCUCAAGCAAUAUUGUUGAUGCUUUCAUUCAGCAGAAUCAACGAGCGCAGGAAGCUAACUGGGAUCAGGGUACAUUUGAGUGGCUUCUUGCUGAAUGGAUGGUCACAUGUGAUCAGCCAUUCAAGGAGGUCGACCGGAUUGAGUUCCACCGCCUCCUUGAG